CAUCCACAUCCUUGCAUUACCCUCUCCAAGACUUUGAAUCCUCUCCCACCCUCUACUCUUUCUUCUACUCUCAAGUCCUUUGGCCCCUCUCUCUCUCUCUGUAGAUGCCUCUCUUCCCAACCGAACAGCUCGAUCUUCCUCCUCUAGCAGAUAUCACAGGUUAAUCAAUUCCUUUGGAGAUUGGGUUUGAAGUAAGUUGGCAGGAUGCGCCUUUGGACGUGUGCAUGAUAUCCUAGCUCUCCUUCCCAGAACUUCUCUUUUAUAAUUAUAUAUAUUUUUCCUUCCUCGCAUGGUUACUCCUUCAAUGCGAAUCUGCAUGGAUUCUUCUCAUGACUGGCUCAAGGGCAUCGUUCAUGAGGACGGCGGAAUGGGUUCCUCCUCUCCGUCUGGGGAACCGAUCUCAUGCUCUAGGCCGCCGGUGAUGGAGCGAAGGCUGAGGCCUCAGCAGGACCAGGCCCUCAAGUGCCCCAGGUGUGACUCCACCCACACCAAGUUCUGCUACUAUAACAACUACAGCCUCUCCCAGCCAAGGUACUUCUGCAAGACCUGCCGGAGGUAUUGGACCAAGGGAGGGUCCCUUCGGAAUGUGCCCGUCGGUGGUGGCUGCCGGAAGAACAAGCGGUCGGGGGCUAAGAAGCCAUCCGAACAGCCACCUCACCCUGUCUCAUCCUUUCAAAACGGGACUGACCUCCACCUCUCCUUCUCCGGGGUGCAAUUCCCGCACCUCGACUCGUUGACCGACACACCUCGCAGCCUUAACUUCAUGGAAUGCAGGUAUAAUCCCAUGCAUGGAUUCAGCUCUGCAGGUGACCUCGAUCUCAUGGAUACCAAGUUUGGAGCCAUGUUGGGGAGCUCCAGGGGCCACAUCUUCAUGGGUGAGGCUGGCGUGGGCCUCGGAGAGGCGAGUCAUGGAUUCGCACUAGGUGCAGGCUUCCAUGGCGUGAGCCCGCUUGGGUUCUCCGCUGACGGGAACCACGGGGCACUCGUGGAGGCGUGCCAGAGGCUGACGCUCCCAUUUGAAGCACAGGAGGAGCCCAAUGCAGCGGAGGUGAAACCAGACAGUAGGAUUCUAUCGCUGGAGUGGCAGGAUCAGUGCUGCGCUGAUGCGGGACACGAAUCUGGGGGGUACUCCAACAACCUCGGAUUGUGGGCUGGGAUGAUCAAUGUCCAUGGAUCCUCAACAACCAUCUGAAGUAGACUCAUCCUAAUACCUACUAUCAAAAUACUAAUAUAUAUAUAUAUAUAUGUAUGACCUAGCAGUGGAAAGGAUUUUUCCCUGUGUUUAUUUGAAUGUUUGUGCUUUUCCCUCCGAGUGGUUUCCCAUUUCUAUGAUGGCCGUAGGGGGAAUGGCUAAAACCUUUUGAUCUGUCUUCCUUCCUUCCUUUCUUUUCUUUUUUUUUUUGGUUGGGAAGAGGUCUUGGGGGGUAAGAUGUUUGAACUCGACAGUAUCUGUUAGCUUUUGUUGCUCUAAUAGCAUUUCUGUGUUCUACUUUCUUUGUAGAAGAAUAAUUUGUCUUCGUUGCAUAAUAUUGCAUUAGUACUUUUUUAAGGUUAUAGGAAGCAUAAGUCUCAUUGAAGCUUAACUUCGGCGAGAGCACUGCCAAUUUAUUCCA